AACAAAAAAAAAAAAUGGGAGCACUAUUAGGAGUGCGAGCAGGAAGAAGUUGAGUGAGCCUGCGAUUGCGAGAAGGAAACUCCCCUCACUCAGGGUACGAAGGACAAAUACGUAUUACCAUGGCAACAGCUAAUAAUUCAGAUGUGGGAUCUGACUCCAAAUCCCAAGUAAUAUACCGGUGCAAAAAAUGUCGAAGAAUUGUUGCUGCACAGGAGAAUUUGGUUUUUCAUGAACGUGGUGAAGGUGAAAAAUGCUUCAAGUGGAAAAAGAGAGAUGGUGCUCCAUGGGAAUGUCAAAAGGAACCACCUGAGUGCACCUCCAUUUUCGUUGAACCCAUGAAGUGGAUGCAAUCAGUUGAAGAAGGUUGUGUGGAAGACAAAUUACAGUGCAUGGGUUGCAAAGCUCGGCUGGGAUCCUUCAACUGGGCAGGGAUGCAAUGCAGUUGUGGUGCUUGGGUGAAUCCGGCGUUUCAGCUGCAUAAGAGCCGAAUAGAUAAAUGUCAUACAUGAACUAAGCUAUUCAUCUUGUGCAAUAUAUUAAUACAAAAUUACUUACAAAUAAAACCUAGUUGUUUUAUGUGGAUA